AUGGGAAAAGUACACGGAGGAUUAACACGUGCAGGUAAAGUUAGAAAUCAAACUAAAAAAGUUGAACAAGAACAAACAGGUAGAAAGAAACAUCCAAGUGGAAGAGCGAAUUUAAGAGAAAAGUAUAAUAAACGACAAGAAUUAUUAAAUGGAGAAACAAAAAAGUAUAAGUUUAAUGCUCAAUCUUAA